UGACUGUGUUGGAUAUAUUAAGGUAGCUAACUAUGAGUAGGACGUAACGCUGUGCUAAUCUGAUCUUGUUGCCAAGUUAAUUAGCUAGUAAGAUAACCAAAUGUGUCAAAUGGUGUUACCAGGUGCUGGUACAUAGUGCUAGUUUCUGAAAGCGCAAGCUGGGUUGGCUAAAUUAGCAAAGUAUAUAGAUAACGUUAGCUAGCUAGCUAAUGCCACAUUUUACGAUGCAGCCUAAACUGAUACUAGCUUCCUAACUUUGCUGUCCAGCGAACGUUAGAACUUAGCCCUGCAUACUAUAAAGUUGCGUUUCUUUGAACCGUUAAUACGUUAAAUUGAAUAUCAGUAUUGCUUGUCGCAUGUUUGUAUUAACCCGCUGCUAAUGUUAGCUUGCUAGUAUUGUUAAGAGGUAGCUCGGAGUAGCAAGUAUUCAUUCCUAGGCAAUGGCUACGAGUUUUGCCAGCUAAGGUUGCUGCCGUGCUUAAGUGAAAGGGCAGCAUGCUAAGUGAAAUAUUUAUUAUCUUUUGACCCGAAUUGGUUAAGGUUAGUCGUCUUAGCUUACACUAACACCUAAUGUUAAGACGACUAAGCCAACACAACCUUGAUAACCUUAUCAAGACUACUGCUUGAUAAUGUUAUACUAUUUAGCGAGCAUUUGGGCUCUAAAAUUUGAAACUAAAUUUUAUAGUAGGUUAUACAUUUUUCGUUUAGGUAGACUAAGUGUUUGUUGUUAUCUUUUGAGUCCCCUUAAGUUGCAUUUGAAUUUCAAAUUGCGUUGACCUGUCUUCAUUCGUAUUAUGAAAACUCACUACACCCAAACCACCAUUCGCUGGUGUAAUGUGGUUAAAGCAUGUCAGACCCCUUCUUUUGCUUGUAAAUGUAUAGCUAACACACUUUUAUAACCAGUUCUGACUGUAUGUGCUUGAGCCUUCAUAAGACGUUGGUAAGCCGCCUGUGUCCAAUACAAAUGGACAGUUGUCCUUGGCAGCUGCACUGUGACCACCACUAAAUAUAUAAACGCAGCUCAGUUUUUGCUAAUUCUUUUCUAAGUACUGUUUCCAGUCAACAUAUGCUACUAAAUUACAAGAUUUUUUUAAGAAACUAAGGAGUUAACCCUUGCAAUAAUGUUGGUCAGUCAUACCGGAACAGAAGCGGUGACACUGGUUCUUCGGUGCAGGAGUCGGUGCGGUAACUUGCAUAGGUAGUUUGGUCAGUAAGAAUUGAGAUAAAUUUCACAAUGAAUGUUCUUUACAAUUGGGUGGAUGGUGAUAAUACUGUGUUAUGGAACGGACAAACUUCAUGUCGUAGCUAGGCUAGUAUCGUGUGCAUUUAGCACUGUAGUUAUAACCUGUAUGAUACAUUUGCAUUCAUACACGUGGUAUUGAUACAACACGCCAAUGAGUUUAGUUACUUUAGCUAGAGAAUGCUAAUGUUUUAACGACGUUGCCAUUUUGGCUAACGCCACUGUAUAAAACAGGUUGCUGUUGCAGCUAUUUUUUUUAUUUCAGUAGCUAGCGAAGUACUAACGUCUGUCAUUUUCCUGCUAGAAUAAUCAACUCAACUUGUUUUUCAAGUUAAGAUGACUUUAGUUAGCAAAUUGGUUAGCAUAGUGAUAUUCCAUCACAAUUCUGUCGGGUAAUUCCAUUUUACUGUUUGUCACCAUCAUCCUGAGCAUUCUUUAGCACAAAUCUGAGUUGAAAUGGGUCGGCAAGGUAACAAAGGAGUGACGUAGUUCUUUAUCCGGCUCGUGACCUAAAGGCCGGAAUCCCUACCUUUUUAACUCUGGUUUGGCUUUCUUAUUGGUUAUAGCGAGCCGGUUGAACGUUUCCUGUCUGAUUCCGAGCCAAUCGUGAAGAUACCGGAUUUUUUAUGGGUUGGGUUUUCAUAUUCUGGGCGUGGUCUCAAACAGUGUGUUCCCAAAAGCAGGAUGCAGCUGGUUCAUUGAACGUUAACUAGCUAAUGCGUUCCCUGACAUUUUUCGAGUUGUUUACUUUACCAUGCGAUUUUGAAGGAUGAGUUCAACGAAAUGAUUACAUUCACUUUGGUCCCAAUCCUGCUCCAGCAUCAGCUUUUCACAGAGAGGAGCUGUGUGGUUGUGGAUCAAGAGAAAAUGAAAAUAAAGCCUGCUUUUCAGAGUGCCUAGCAUCCCAUCCAAAGCGAAAAAUGAAGGCAUCGGACUCUGCUAUUAAGGUGCAAGCCACCGGUCUCCUGCAUGUCUUUGCUGGUAACGCUAACUUGCCUGCUACCUUUCAAGUGGAAAAUGGUAAAACUGUGCAUGAUCUAAUUGGAGGGUCACUCUUGCGUGGUGAUAUGAGCGGGUGGGGGCUCUGGAACCUUCCCUCCCUGGGUGUGCUUUGGCCAACUGCACGUCCCUCUCCCUCAGGCCCAGAACUCACAUCGCUUCUCCACCACCGUGCCGGAAUCCGUGCUCCCGCUUUGUUUUGCUUCCUCCACUGCCACCUGACCCGUGCCGGGACACAAGUGCCCGUGCCGAUUUUAGCUACUGCUCUAGGUGUGAUGUGGAGAGGGUGCCCUGUGCUGCAUUAGUGCCUGUGAAAUGCUGGCCUGUCUGCCAGUAGCAGGUGACCUUUCCCUCCAGCUUCUCUCCCACUCGCAGAUGAACUCUGGACUUCAGAAAUGGGACACUACCCAGAAAAUGAGAUCUGCACAGUAUCCAACACCAGCGGAACUGGAUGCCUAUGCUAAGAGAGUUGCCGACAGCCCACUGACGAUAAAAAUCUUCCCCAACAGCAUCAAAGUUCCGCAGAGGAAGCACAUUCGGCGCACCGUGAACGGCUUGGACACGUCCAGCCAGCGCUACAGCCCGUACCCGACUCCCGCCAGCGCCAAGACCGGCCUCCUCGCCAUCGUCAAGGGGCCCCUCAAAGGGCCCAUCAAAGGGAUCCUCAAAGGCUUUGAAAGCGGCCGAGCGCGUCUGCUCCCAGAGGUGACCAUGAACCCCCCCAGCGGGCCGUACGGCACUCAGAGCACUUUAAACCUCCCCCAGGCCCAGAGCAACGCCCGGGCCAGACCCCUGCCCCAGCGCCAGGGCCUGCUGCACCCGCACCCGCAAACUUUACAGCUGCAGCAGCAACCAGGCCUGCUGCAUCCGCAAACUUUACAACAAGGCCUGCCGCAUCCACAAACUUUACACCAGCAGCAACAGACUCUGCAGCGCCAACAGACUUUACAGCAGACGCUGCAGCAACAGCAACAGGCGCUGCAACAACAGCAGCAGCAACAGACGCUGCAGCAACAGCAGCAGCAACAGACGCUGCAGCAACAGACGCUGCAGCAACAGAAGCUGCAGCAACAGACGCUGCAGCAACAGAAGCUGCAGCAACAGCAGCAGCAACAGAUGCUGCAGCAUCAACAGACUUUACAACGGCAGCUGCAACAACAACAGCAGCAACAGACAGGCCUGCCCCAUCCACAGACACCGCAGGAUCCGAGGCAGCUCCCAGGUAUGGCCCAGCUGCCAAAACUGCAGCAGCCGCAGGUCCUGCCCCAAGCACAGACUCUGCAGCAGCUGCAGGUCCUGCCCCAAGCACAGACUCUGCAGCAGCCGCAGGUCCUGCCCCAAGCACAGACUCUGCAGCAGCCCCCUGGCCUGCCCGGACUGCAUGGACCCAGGAAGAUGGCGGACGGCGAGGCUCCGCCCAACGUGACCGUGUCUACCUCCACCAUCCCGCUGUCCAUGGCGUCGGGCCGGCAGCAGGGCCGGCCGGCGGACCUGAGCAGCAUCGUGCAGCAGAUCAGCCAGUUCUGCCAGCCGCGGCCGGGUGCCAGCACUACCUCAGUGUGCGAGGGACAGAUCGCCAACCCCAGCCCCAUCAACCGCAACCUGCUCAUCAACGCCAGCUCCCGCGUGUCCGCCCAGAACCCCGCCCCCGCGCCCCUUCCGUCCUGCGCCCUCGGCUCCAUGGACAAGCCGGCCGCCCCACCCGCCGCCACCAACCGCAUGCCAGUCUACAGCAGCGACAUGCAGCAGCAGCAGCAGCAGCGCUGCUGGAACCAGCAGCACCUCUCUCACCCACAGCAGCGAGUCUCAGAGGAACGGAACCCCUGCAGUCGGCAGCCCCGGGACCGGCAGGGGCGGAGCUACCCGCAGGACCCGUGCGCUGGCCAGCCCUACGGCUUGGCGGCCCCCAUGGAGAAGCCUACGCCCUCCCCGCCCGUCAGUGGGAUGCCGGGGGUCGUGCCCUACGCCAAUGGCCACUACUUCCAGCCCAUGUGGAACGGCGUCCUGCCGACGCCUAACAGUGACAGCUCCGGGUCACAGGACCUGGCCUUGCCAUUCCACGGGGGACCACCAGGGGGCCCUGUAGACUGCGCCCCAGGGACGCAGUACAGGGCUGGGGCCGGGUCCUCUGGCCAGACUGGCGUGAUGCAGGGCAUGGAGUAUGUGGGCGGGGAAUACCAGGCACCCUGCUUCAGAGACCAGAGCCUGGCCCUGGGGGGCAGAGCCCCAGAGCCCAGCCACAGCAGAAAUACUCAUAUUCAGGUUCCAGGGUUCAGAUAAGCUACAACUUCUGUGUACGUAGUUAUUGAUCUUUUAGUCUUAAAUGCAUAAAAAUGAAUUCAUUCAAAUGAAGCUAACUUUAAAAAAGUAUAUAUAUAUUUACAUAUCUAUAUAUAUACAUAUAUAUAUAUAUUUAAGAGCAAGCAGUGUUUUUGUUGUUGUCAAUCUUGCAAGUGAUCAAUUGAAACGUUUUCUAAAUAACACUCCUUAAUGUUACUCACUUGUUAGAAAAACGAGCUGUUUUCUUCUGCGUUUUAAAUGGGCUUCAUUUCCUCUUUCCCCCAUUUAUCAUCCAUGUUAUAGUGCACCCUCGUCCAUUUUUAUUUUGUUUGAUUUCCAAGCUAGAAAUCUAGCACCUGGGAGUGUAUUCAUUGUGGUGGUGGUAUUAUUAUUAUUAUUAUGAUGAUAGCCGUUUCUUUUCUUUAUCAUAACAUUGAUCUAACAAUGUCAUUUUGUCACAUGUUUUUGCACCGAUGCAGAACUGCUGAGUGCAGAAUCUAGAGCCGCUGUUCAUGUUCUUCUGACGUUCAGGGCCUGAGUCUAUCUAUAUUGGCUGCUGUUCACAGAAGCCCUAUGCAGCACUCUCCCACCAACACGCCUUUCCCGGGCCUCCUCUGUGCUGAACAGCCAAAACCUUCUUAAUGGUUCAGUGUGAGGCCUCACCCAUUCUUAAUGGUUCAGUGUGAGGCCUCACCCAUUCCUAAUGGUUCAGUGUGAGGCCUCACCCAUUCCUAAUGGUUCAGUGUGAGGCCUCACCCAUUCCUAAUGGUUCAGUGUGAGGCCUCACCCAUUCCUAAUGGUUCAGUGUGAUACCUCACCCAUUCUUAAUGGUUCAGUGUGAUGCUUCACCCAUACACAGUUUGCCCAAGCUGUUCCACACGAGUAUGAGCUUCUACGCUGAACAUAUUGCUGGACCUCAGAAGUGGACUUUGCAUAGGUUAACCAGGCGAUAAACUGAUACAGAAGCUAGCGUGGGGCUUUGUGUCUGCCCUACUCCACACUACACCCUGUUUUUGCAGUCAUUUUUUGCAGCGUUGGUGCGUGCUGAUUCUGGUUUUGUCAGCAGUUGGAAAUGUCACUUCAGCCGUAACUUAAAAUGAAACCGCAUAUACUGAUGUGAACUUGAAGCAGUUGGCUAUGGUUAAAAAAUAUGUAUGUAUGGCCAUGUUCUACUUUGAGACGUUGGUCCUUCAUAAAUCUUUUUAAUCCUAUUAGUUGUAUCUGCCACACAAUAUCACAUAGUAUUCUGUGUAGAAGUCAAUCUUAGUGAGUUUGAAAAAUUUGUGGGUGCUCUGAACCACUUGUUCGGUUUUAAGCCGAUUGUUAGAAUAGUGUUUUUAUGAAUGGGAUGACUGAAGAGAAGUGUAAAAUGUUACCAGUUUCAGAAAACAAUAUUGAGGCAUGACAUAUUUAGAUUUUCGUACCUGUGUGUUUCUCCUUUGAUCAGUUUUAAUGGGACUGCUGACCUUUUUUCCCCCUUAAGUUUACUUUUUUUUUUUUAAUUUGCUCUUUUGUAAGAAUCAAAUGUUCAUUUGGCUCUCCAGAGGACACAAACUGACACUUUGUAUAUGUUUAGUGUUAAUGCAUCUUUAUUAUGAACACUUCUUAAGUUAUUUUUGAAAGGUGACUGUUAAAUAUGUUCAAUCAGGUCGAUGGCCAAGACUGGCUCUCUCAGUGAAGCUAUCUCUUAUCAGGUGUUUGUACUGAUGAGUAGCACCCUCAGAAAGGGAGAGCGGUUGACAUUCUCUCAGACACUACAGUGCAGAUACAAAUCCAGGCGUCUGUGUCCGCAUAGUUUCUCACACAUUCAGUUUCCGCCCAGCAAGUUCAUUAGUAAUAUGCAACGUUUUUUUUUCUUUCUUUAUUUGUGAAUGGGAUAGCUUCAAGUUAGAAAACAACUUUGGAAGGUGUAGCUUUUUUUUGUCAUUUUAACCAACACUUGAAUUACUGAGAUGAGAUAUUUGGUUGAUUUGUUGGGUGGGAGUUAAACAUUUGGAAGACUAAACUUUCUACCACACCUGACAUAUAGCCAAGUAUCUGACAGAGUAGUACUAAUCGUAACUACAAGCCAAAUCAGAAUUUUGAUCUUUUUUUCACUUAAAAAUAAUGUUAGACAUAGUUGCUACUAAUUUGUAAAUGAAGAAAUGAAGAGUUACCCAGUACACAUGUGAAGAAAGCAAAUUGAUCACUUGCAACUGCUAAGUUAAAAAGAAAGGACUUUCUCAAGCAGAAUAGCAAAUGUAUUGUUUAUUUUGAUGUACACUGGUUUCACUACGAUACUGCUGUAAUUUAAAAGGAAGUAUUCUCUGAAUGUUGCCUGUGAUCGUGUGUGAGUAGUGUUUGCGGGGGCUGUUUGUGGGGGCUGAUUCACACACUCAUGCACGCACUGUUUGUCUCCCUCCCAGACAACCCUCAAAAAAGCCUUAAGUAUUUGGACCUGGGACUCGAGAACAAGCAUGAAUUGGGGAAAUCAAACUGAUCUAAUGGACAGUGUUGGCAUAUUGGCAGCAUGUGUCUUCUUAAGUUAGUAGUUUGAUAGAAGUACAACGAUUGAAUGAAGUGGCAAGGAAAUAAAUUAGAAAUAUUUUAUUUUAAUUAAGUUUUAUACUGUAUAGGUCUAUGUAGUCAUGGGCUGUAACAAAUGUCAUAUUUUUUAAAUUUUCAAACUACUACUUAAUUUGCCUGUUAUUUAACAUGAUUAUAGUCUUAAUUCUUUGUUUUUCUUGAAAAAAUAGGGCUGUGACUCAUUUUCUAUAUUUCAAGGUUGGAGCACAUAGGAAACUGAAUGCAAAUGGAAAAUUCAAAAUUUACUGAAUUGAAUGAAAAAUGCACAAAUAAUGAUUGUCAAGCAGGAACCUGGACACAAGAUCUUUAUUUUCACAAGUAAGUUUUAUUCCAUUGCUCCCCCCCCCUUUUUUGCCCUGUUGUCUCCAAUGUGCCUUGCCCCUCAGACUGUGGUUAUAUGGCAAACAAGUCAAGUCUGGGAUUUGUGCUACAGUUUUACUUUAACACUGCUGUGAUAAAAAAAUAUAUAUUUUUAAUUUAUGUUUUUAAAAGUAGUGCGAGACAGAUGUGACAUUUACUUAUACCAAGGUAACAUUUCCAAGAUUAAAUAUUUACUUGAAAUGUACUGGAUUUCAGAGGGGUGAGAGAGGGUCUGAUGGAAUGGAACUGAUUUAAUUCACCAGGCUAAAAUUGUUCAUUUUCGAGGAGUCCCCUGUUCUGCUCCAUACCCCCCCCCCCCCCCCCCCCCCCCCCAAUGUGUACUUUGUACUUUAAUGAAGAUUUGUUACAGCCCAAAGGGAAGGGGAAAUAAAGCUUGUUUUUUUGCAA